UCCAAUAGGAUCGGUUGUGUUCGCGCUCGUCGGCAAAAUAAAUAAAAAGACUCGUGUUCCGUUUAGUGUUAUGUCUUGGCAAAUUGCAUUUUGAUUAGUUCGGCAGCUGGGCCUUAGUUCAGGUGAUUUGUUUACUUUUAAUUCAAUAAAUCGGGUGUCAGCAAAAGCCAAGUGUAUUUGUAUUUGUGAACAUAAUUUGCUUUGGUGUCGGUCCAGCGUAACGGUAAAGGUGUGAAAGAGUCCGACAAGCGGUUUUCCAGGACGGAGGUGAAACGCCUUUAUUUGCAGCCAACAUGGUCGUCAAGGAGAUUCCGCUUCACGAGAAUUUGAGUAUGGAGAACCGAUCCACAAAUGCCGCAACACCAACCACUACUACCACUUUUUCGCGAGUAGGGCGACGCUAUAGUCUAUCCCUGACCACGGCAAUCCUUCUGGCUUCUUUUUUCAUCUGCACGUUACUGGCUGUAGGUUUCAUCGUCUACAACUUCGCCACCUGUGCUGAACUGGAGCCGGCAUCAGACGAGGAUAUCGUUUGCACCAGUGUCCAUCUGAGGAAGCUUAAGGGUGGUCAGGAUGGAGCACCAAAAUAUGAUCGAGAUGUCCGUCUCCCGCGCUCCAUCCGCCCACUAAAAUAUAACAUCACGCUGGAACCGCAACUCAAUGGUAACUUCUCAUUUGCUGGUAGUGUUCAGAUCAGAAUAAAGGUCCUGGAGGAUUGCUACAACAUCACCAUGCAUGCAGAGGAGCUAAACAUUUCACGUAGCGACAUCAGUGUCCGACGCGUGCUGCCGGAUGGGGGACUGGAUGGAGACAGUUUGCGAAUUCAUAAACAGUAUUUGGUUGGAGCCAAACAGUUCUUCGUCAUUGAGCUUUAUGACAAAUUGCUAAAAGACGUGGAGUACGUGGUGCAUCUUCGUUUCGACGGAAUAAUUGAGGACUACCUACAAGGAUUUUAUCGCAGCUCUUAUGAAGUACAUAAUGAGACCAGGUGGGUAGCUUCAACACAGUUCCAGGCGACGGAUGCCCGUCGGGCUUUUCCCUGCUUUGAUGAGCCGGCUCUUAAGGCCAACUUUACUCUGCACAUCGCUCGACCUCGAAACAUGACCACCGUGUCUAACAUGCCCAUUGCCUCCAGCAACGAUCAUGCCACCAUGCCUAGCUAUGUAUGGGAUCACUUUGCUGAAUCGCUGCCGAUGUCAACUUAUCUGGUAGCCUAUGCCAUAUCCGACUUCACGCACAUUUCCUCUGGCAAUUUCUCCGUAUGGGCUCGGGCAGAUGCAAUCAAAUCAGCAGAGUACGCGUUGUCUGUGGGACCCAGGAUAUUGACAUUCCUUCAGGACUUCUUUAAUGUGACGUUUCCCCUGCCGAAGAUUGAUAUGAUUGCUUUGCCAGAGUUUCAGGCGGGUGCUAUGGAGAACUGGGGUCUCAUUACUUUUAGGGAGACAGCCAUGCUGUAUGACCCAGGAGUGGCUACGGCUAAUAAUAAACAGCGUGUGGCAUCUGUUGUGGGUCACGAGUUGGCCCACCAGUGGUUCGGAAACCUGGUUACGCCCAGUUGGUGGUCGGAUAUUUGGUUGAAUGAAGGAUUCGCUAGCUAUAUGGAGUACCUUACGGCCGACGCAGUCGCGCCGGAGUGGAAGCAGUUGGACCAGUUCGUGGUGAAUGAGCUGCAAACAGUAUUCCAACUUGAUGCCCUCUCCACAUCUCACAAGAUCUCCCACCAAGUAUUCAACCCGCAGGAGAUCUCCGAGAUAUUUGAUCGAAUUUCUUAUGCCAAGGGAUCGACUAUUAUUCGCAUGAUGGCCCACUUCCUCACGAAUCCAGUUUUCCGUCGUGGUCUUAGCAAAUACCUUCAGGAAAUGGCUUAUAACUCGGCAACACAGGAUGAUUUGUGGCGUUUUCUCACUAACGAAGCAAAGUCUUCUGGACUGCUCGAUCACAGUAGAAGUGUAAAGGAGAUCAUGGACACUUGGACCCUGCAAACGGGCUAUCCGGUGGUCAAGGUAUCGAAACAUCCCAACUCGAAUGUAAUUCGACUGGAGCAGGUUCGCUUUGUAUACACCAACACAACUAGAGAGGACGAGAGUCUGCUCUGGUGGAUACCCAUUACUUUUACCACUGCCUCGGAACUAAACUUUGACAACACUCGGCCAACCACAUGGAUGCCCCGCACUAAACUUUAUGAACUGGAGAAUAGGAACCUUUCUACAGCCAAAUGGUUUAUCUUCAAUGUCCAACAGACUGGCUACUAUCGAGUAAACUACGAUUUAGAUAACUGGAGAGCAAUCACCGGACACUUAUUGGAUGUUCAGCACUUCGAGGAUAUUGCUCCAGCGAAUCGUGCUCAGUUGAUUGAUGAUGUGAUGAAUUUGGCCAGGGGUUCUUAUCUAUCAUAUGAAACCGCCAUGAAUCUAACGCGCUACCUGGGACAUGAGCUAGGUCAUGUGCCGUGGAAGGCGGCCAUUAGCAACUUCAUUUUCAUCGACUCCAUGUUCGUAAACUCCGGCGACUAUGAUCUGCUAAAGAACUAUCUACUUAAGCAGCUGAAGAAGGUCUACGACCAGGUAGGAUUCGAGGACUCACAGGGUGAGUCGGAAGAUAUUUUAGUGAAGCUCAAACGCGCAGAUAUUUUGGGAACGGCUUGCCAUCUGGGUCACCAGGAGUGCAUCUCUGAGGCCAGCAGGCACUUCCAGAACUGGGUACAGACGCCAAAUCCCGAUUCAAACAAUCCAAUUGUGCCAAAUCUCAGGGGAGUCGUUUACUGUUCGGCCAUACAAUACGGCACUGAGUACGAAUGGGACUUUGCCUUCGAGCGAUUCCUGAAGACGAACGUGCCUGGGGAGAAGGACCUGCUGUUGAGUGCCCUCGGCUGCUCAAAAGAGCCCUGGUUGCUCUACCGCUUCCUGCGUCGUGGAAUUGCCGGACAACAUAUUCGAAAACAAGAUUUGUUUCGGGUAUUUGCCGCAGUUUCCAAUACGGUUGUGGGCCAAAACAUUGCUUUUGAUUUUCUACGCAACAACUGGCAGGAGAUCAAAACAUAUAUGGGUUCACAGAUGUCCAAUAUUCACACGCUGUUUAAGUUCGCCACAAAGCGGUUCAACUCAAAGUUCCAGCUCGGCGAGUUUGAAAACUUUGUAAAGGAUGCCCAGUGGGACUACGAUAGGCCCAUCCAACAGAUAGUAGAACAGAUCGAGACCAGUGUUGACUGGAUGAACAAGAACUACAAAUCGAUCGUUAAGUGGCUGGAAAACGAGGCGCGGGCGUAAGGAAGGAUCCUGCGGCUUGACUGGAUCAAGACUGCAGCAGUAUUAAUAUCCGCAGCUGCAACUGCAUAGGUUGGGCCCCCAAUACCAAUGCAUUUAUAUUUAGUAUUUAUGUAACGUGUUUUACAAAUUCAGUGUCGCCAAAGAGAUAAAGCCCUUGGCAGAUCGUCCAGAGCAUCGCGUUUUUCAUUAAUUUUAAUGUAUGCCUUCUUUUCAUAACAAUUAUGAGAGUCUUGUAAUUUUAAUUUGUACUUAAAUGUAAAUGUAAAUGGAAUUAUAAUAUUGUUCGUCA